AAGCCUGGCGGCGCCAUUAUCCUUGAGGGCGAGCGAAGGGUUUCGAGCCCGGGUGCAGCGGAGGGGUUGGUGGGCGUCUCCUGUGCUUCCACCGUGGCCGCAGGCAUCUUCCGGUGCUCUAACCCAGGUCCAUGAAGGACCCGUAAGAUUAACUCCGGAGGCGUUUGCCACGGCCCCACGAGAGGCUGGUCCUGGUGCCCUUCGGGCCUCCGGGGCGGCGCUGUGAGCCCGAGCACCGGCCGGGUUGGGCCACGCGGCUUCCAGAACCCCGGACCCGCCGGCGAACCGAGGUGGGGUGGGGGAGGGAGGAAAGCGUUGGACCCAUGGUGCCACCCUGGGGCCCGCGCCUCGCCGGCAGGCAGGCAAAAACCCAAUCUGGGCGAGGGAGGCCCGGCGCCGUGAGCUUCGCGGACGUGGCCGUGUACUUCUCCCCGGAGGAGUGGGGCUGCCUGCGGCCCGCGCAGAGGGCCCUGUACCGGGACGUGAUGCGGGAGACCUACGGCCACCUGGGCGCGCUCGGAUUCGCAGACGCCAAACCCGUUCUCAUCGCCUGGCUGGAAAGAAAGGCGGAGGUGUGGACCCCGGAGGCCGAGGAUCCCGAGGAGGGGGCCAGGCACCCAGGAUCUGGGAUAGAAAGCAAGAAAAAGAAGAAUGAACCCAGCAGCAAAAUAGCGGCCAAGGAGCUUGAGCAUGCCCCUGUGAAGAAUGGGCCACCAGUAGAGGCCAGGCUGGUCCCUAGUUCCAGGGACUACAACUAUCCAUUGCCUCAGGUGUCCAAAGACAUGGGACACCAGUGCACUGAGACUCCCAAGAGGCCCUACCCCUGCCUGGAAUGCAACCGUUCUUUCAGCUACCCUUCCCUCCUAGCCAGCCACCAGCGGGUCCAUUCUGGGGAGAGGCCCUUCCCCUGUGGCCAGUGUGGACGUUGCUUCCGCCAAAGAGGCAAUCUGGUUGUCCAUAUGCGCAUACAUACAGGGGAGAAGCCCUUCUCCUGCCCAGACUGUGGGAGGCUCUUUGCCUAUCCCUCGAUGCUGGUCAGACAUCGGCGAAUCCACUCUGGAGACCGCCCAUAUGUCUGUGGGCUGUGUGGGGUUCAGUUCUCCCAGAGGGCUCACCUCGUCCAGCAUCAGCUGCUUCAUACAGGGGACAAGCCUUAUUCAUGUCCAGAUUGUGGCCGCUGCUUCCGCCAGACUGGGGCACUGGCCAUCCAUAGACACAGACAUGGUGGGGAGAAGCCAUACGUGUGUAUGGAGUGUGGACGCCACUUUACACACCCUUCCCUCUUGGCUAUCCACCAGCGCACCCAUACUAGGAAGAAGCCCCAUAUCUGUUCUGAUUGUGGUCGGGGCUUUGCCUACCCCUCCCUCCUGACCAAUCACCAGCGAGUCCACUCUGGUGAGCGCCCCUACCCUUGUCCCCAUUGCAGUGCCCGCUUCGCCCAGCAAAAUAACCUGCUCCAGCAUCAGCUCAUUCACACAGGUGAAAAGCCCCAUGAAUGCCCUGAUUGUGGCCGCUGCUUCCGGCAAAGCGGAUCUCUGGCUAUUCACAGGCGCACACAUACAGGAGAGAAACCCUACUCCUGCCCCGAGUGUGGGCACCAAUUUACCUCUUCCUGUGUCCUCAACAGCCACAGGCGCAGCCAUUCUGUUGAGAGGCCCUUCCCUUGUUCCCAGUGUGGGAAGACCUUUAAACGAAAGAGUGCCCUGGAAGCCCAUCAAUGGAUCCAUCGUACAGGUGGGACAAGUCAUAAGGGUGACAGACCUCUGUUACAACCCCCAGCCCAGGCUUCUGUUCCUGAGGGUCAGGAACCAUCAGUACACUUCCAGCAUUUUCCUGACAUGUUCCAGUAGUGGGAAUGACAGACUUAAGCAGCCACUAGCAACAAAUGUUUUAAGAGUCUCCCUCAUCAAGUGUUGGGAAGGAAGUGCACAGAGGGCAAGGGAUAGGAGAGGAAAGAAAAAAGGGAUCAAAAUGGGGAGGUGGGGGCUAAUCUAUGUCUGGAAUCUAUGAGAUAUGGGAGGUGAGAGGGAGGACAUCCAGAGUGAAGAACCUGCCAGGAAAAGCAUGAGACUCCUCCAGUCUCCUCCCAGCCCUGACUGCUGACCUCAGACCUUUCGGCUCUGGGUUUCCCCUCACUCUAGAUCUCAGGAGAACAUAUCACAGCUUGGACCAAGGGCCAUAGUGUAAGAGGAGGAUCAUAGACUUUGAAUCAGUUUAUCCCAUGUUCAAUCUUGGCUCAUCUCUUGCAUCCUCAACAUCUGACUAUAAAAUGAAUACAUUAAUACUAGGUGGUUGUGAGGAUUAAAUAAUAUAUAGUCAGUCAAAACUGUCUAGUACAAUACUUUUCACUUGUGUAUAUCCUUCCAAGCUUUGCACCUGCAGAAUUGUUUGAAUACUGAGGACACCCUUACCUAAUUACUCCUGCUGAAUACAACUGCUGUUAAUGUAAAUUUUCUAGCUCUUUUACAUGAUUCAAUAAGUUACAAACUAAUAUUCUGCCUAUUUUUUUUCCCCUGGUACUCACAAUGCUUAUCUUUUCUGGUGCUCAACUCAGGUCUCAUAAUUCCCUGGAAUGUGUCACUGUGGCUUAGGCACCCAGACCUUUGCUUAUAUAUCAUGUGUCUACCUCCUGUUUUUUUUUUUUAAUGUUUUAUUUAUUUAUUCAUCAGAGACCCACACAAAGAGGCAGAGACAUACGCAGAGGGAGAGGCAGGCUCCCUAUGGGAGUCUGAUGCAGGACUUGAUCCCAGGAUUCCGGGAUCAUGCCCUGAGCCAAAGGCAGAUGCUCAACCACUGAGCCACCCAGGUACCCUGUACCUCCCCGGGUUGUAAGCACCACUGAGAACAGACCCGCUUAGAGCAACCUCUUUUCAGUCCCCAGCAUUAUGUUUGCAGAUGCCGCGCGUUUAAUUAUCAUCAGCCCAAGGGAGCUGCAGGCGAUGGGACUAAGCCUUGGGUCACACCCAGCGGAGACCUGGGAAUCUGGAAGGCCGUGGAGAGCAACUUGGCCUCCGUGGCCGGGGAGACUGUUUAGCUCCCUGCUCUGUACCCAGCUCCCGGAGCUGAGCUCAACUGGGGCGCUCAAGGCGAGCGGAAACGUCGUCCAAGUCCGAGGGCACAGCCGGCAGAGAGCCCACCCCCGUCCCCGGGCGAUGCAGACGGGGCUCUGGCGAGGCCCGGCCGAGCCCGCGGGGGAAGAGGAGCGGUGCUCUGGGCCCUCGGGCCUCCCGCCGGGCCGCGCCAGCGCGCGGGGAACGGAGCAGGUGCUCGGCCAGGAGCAUCCCGGGCUCGCCAGGCCUUCGGGAAGGAGGCCGGCUCGCACGCUGCCGCCCGCUUCCCUCCAACCGAGCGAUUCCGCGCGACCCAAUCAGAACGCCGGCUCCCGGCUUCCUGGCCCGCGCCGCCCAAUGAUGGUGCGCGGGAGGGAGAAGGGCGUGAAGCCCGGCGGCGCCAUUAUCCUUGAGGGCUAAGGGUUUAAGGUCCCGGCGCUAGGCCCUGGGCUCUCUGCAGGGACGCGAAGCGGCGAACCCAGGACCACCUGGGAGUGACCUAAAAGUCCCAGCCCUCCCCUUCUCCGCAUUUUAGAAAGAGGGGGCACCUUCGGCAUCGGCCCGGAUGUGCCCAGUGCCUGUUGUUGGGGAGGGUCCCCUCCACUCUAGCUCACGAGGCUGCACCCCACUUCCCCUAGUCUAGGCUCCAUCCUCUCACCCCGCCCGCCAUUGGCCCCUGUGCUUGGGAUCGCUGGCCUCAAACCCGCCCUCAUCUAGCAAUGCAAAAAGGAGGUGUGGAGGGGAUGAGGCACCCAGGAUCUGGGAUAGGUGAAGAAAGCGGGGCUGAGCUGGACUGGAGCCUCUCUUGGGAGCCAGCAGGGCAGGCCCUUUGUCCUGUCAGCUACACCUACACCCCUCUCUUUAAAUACCAAUAUUCCAGGGCAACCUGGGUGGUUCAGUGGUUUGGCGUCUGCAUUAGGCUCAGGGCGUGAUCCUGGGGACCCAGCAUUGAGUCCGGCGUUGGGCUUCCCUUGAGGAGCCUGCUUCUCCCUCUACCUGUGUCUGCCUCUCUGUUUCUCAUGAACAAAUAAAUAAAAUCUUAAAGAAAAAAAGGCCAAUAUUCCUAAGAAUCUGAUGAACCUUCUCUUCUAAAGUUCUCUGUCCCAGACCUGGAGGCUCUUUGCCUUCAAGGGUAGUGGGUCCCCCUGGUACCAACUGGGGAAACAGUCGAGGAUUGAGAUCUUUGCCUUCUUUCCUCUGAGUACUUAGAUUAUUGCUUCCAUUAGAGUUUUCCUCGAUUGUGGGAAUGUUUUAUCUGUGCUGUAGAACACAGAAGCCACUAGCUACAUGUGGUCAUUUAGUGCUUGAAAUACAGCUAGUGUGCCCAAGGAAGUGAAUUUUUCAUUUUAAUUAACUUAAGCCUAGGGAUGCCUGGGUGGCUAGGAGGUUGAGCAGCUACCUUGGCUCAGAGCACCAUCCCUGAGUCCCAGGAUCAAGUCCUGAAUCAGGCUUCCUGCACGGAGCCUGCUUCUCCCUCUGUCUAUGCCUCUGCCUCUCUCUGUGUGUCUCAUGAAUAAAAUCUUUUUAAAAAUUAA